CACAUAUUUCUCGACUUGGGCGGGUCCAAGCCAUGGAUCCCACCGCCAUGGUGAUCCCGAGCACUGCAACUUCCUCUCCCGCACCAAUUGAAGCAAGUAUAGCCAAUCAAAGCACAUUGGGUAGUCUGGAAAAGGCGACUAUACCGGCGAACCAGGGCAACGGUGUCGAAUCCGUCCCUAAUACUGCGACCAACUUGAAGCGGGAUGCGGAUUCUGAGCACCCUCAAGCAACAACACCAACGGGUACUACUGAUGGGGUGCAUAUCGGAAUGAGCUCCACCUCCUCUGAAUAUGAGGCCACUAAGUCUCCCAGGGGAAUCGCCACACCCAUGGAGGCGGAUGGUGACUCCCACAUGGAAGAUUCUUCAGAGGCAGUAGAUGCGGUAUCCAGUUCCUCGGGCAUGUCGGGCCACGAAUCGAAGCGAGGUGUUAAGCGCAAGUCGCCCAUCGAUGAGAGUGACUUUAUUCGAAACAACCCAAGCUUAUAUGGAUUGCGCCGAAGCAAUCGCACCCGUUCUAUCCGCCAGACAAUCCAGAGCACUACAGACUCCGAGUCUGAGGUUUCCAGACCCAUUAAGAGGAGACGUCCUCAGCCAAACCGAAAACGAUCGUCCUCACAGUCUCAAGAUUCCGACGCAGAUUCAUCAAGCGACGUUUAUAGCAACACCCAGAGAAGGCAAAAAGUUAAACGCCGCCGUCUAGUGCAACCGCAGGUUGACUUAGCACCAGCACAUGGGGAAGUUCGGUUUUCCACGCGUCGUUCUAACAAAGUUUUAAACUACAAUGAAGAUGACGAUGAUGAUCUGUUCGGAGACGAAUCGGAUAACAUGACCCCACUCGAUUGGGCGACCGUCCUCGACGAUAAUCGCCCCGCCAUUGAUGUUGUCCUCAACCAUCGUUUAAAGGAUGACGUGGAUCCCACGCGACUUGACCUCGGACGCUCGGACUUCGAAUUUUAUAUUAAAUGGCAGGGAAAGUCGCACUACCAUGCAACGUGGGAGACAGACGAGUCCCUUGUCGAUUGCCGCAGUAACCGUCGUCUAGAUAAUUAUGUCCGAAAGCUGCUAAUUCAAGAGCUCUCGUUCAUGAAAGAUCCGGAUAUGAUACCUGAAGAAAAGGAAAAGUGGAACCUUGACCGCGAGCGCGAUAUUGAAGCGAUUGAGGACUUCAAACUCGUCGAGCGUGUCAUUGGUUCUCGCAAGGUUGCGGGGGUAACCGAGUAUUACGUUAAAUGGAAACGCCUGUUUUACGAGAGUUGUACUUGGGAAGGCGCAGAGCUCGUUAGCAGUAUCGCCCAACAGGAAAUCGACCGUUACCUUGACCGGUGUUCCCGGCCUCCUGUUUCAAGCAGACUGGAAUCGAACCAGUCAACUCGUUCUGCAUUCGAACCUAUUCAUGGAACUCCUGACUUCGUCUGCAAUGGUCAACUGAAGGACUUCCAGGUGAAAGGUGUUAAUUUCAUGGCAUACAACUGGGUUCGCGGCCGAAAUGUAGUUCUUGCUGAUGAGAUGGGGUUGGGAAAAACAGUCCAGACUGUAACUUUUAUCAAUUGGCUGCGACAUGUGAGGAAUCAACAGGGCCCGUUUAUUGUGGUUGUCCCUCUUUCCACAAUGCCAUCGUGGGCUGAAACAUUCGACUAUUGGACACCCGAUUUAAACUACGUUGUUUACAGUGGGAACGAAGCGUCACGGAAUAUUAUCAAGGAGUAUGAACUUCUUGUCGAUGGAAACAUUAAACGCCCAAAAUUCCAUGUCCUCUUGACCACUUAUGAGUAUGUGUUGGUCGACGCGUCCUUUCUUAGCCAAAUCAAGUGGCAAUUUCUCGCAGUUGAUGAGGCCCAUCGUCUAAAAAAUAGAGACUCUCAGUUGUACGCAAAGCUAGUUGAAUUCAAGUCUCCGAGCCGGUUACUGAUUACUGGAACCCCCGUUCAAAAUAACCUUGGAGAACUAUCUGCGCUGAUGGACUUUCUAAAUCCGGGGCUAAUUGAAAUUGAUGAAAAUAUGGAUUUAAGCUCGGAAGCUGCAAGCGUCAAGCUAGCUGAAUUGACCAAAGCGAUACAACCGUUUAUGCUUCGCCGGACCAAGUCUAAGGUUGAAAGUGACUUGCCGCCAAAGUCAGAAAAGAUUAUUCGGGUUGAGCUUUCAGACGUGCAGUUGGAGUAUUAUAAAAACAUUCUUACCAAGAACUAUGCUGCCCUUAAUCAAGGCGCGAAGGGCCAAAAACAAUCAUUACUCAAUAUUAUGAUGGAGUUGAAAAAGGCAAGCAAUCAUCCGUUCAUGUUCGCCAACGCAGAAGAUCGAAUUCUGCAAGGCAGCACGCGCCGAGAAGAUGCACUAAGGGCACUGAUCACCAGCAGUGGCAAGAUGAUGCUGCUGGACCAGCUGCUAGCGAAGUUGAAAAAUGAUGGUCAUCGCGUUCUUAUUUUCAGCCAAAUGGUUCGCAUGCUUGAUAUUCUUGCUGAUUACAUGGAUGCGCGGGGUUUUGCCUAUCAGAGGCUGGAUGGCACCAUUGCAGCUGGACCUCGUCGUUUAUCUAUUGAACACUUUAAUGCUCCAGAUAGCACUGACUUCGCUUUCUUGCUCUCGACGCGUGCGGGUGGGCUUGGCAUUAAUCUCAUGACAGCAGAUACAGUCAUUCUAUUCGAUUCAGACUGGAAUCCCCAAGCUGAUUUACAGGCCAUGGCGCGAGCUCAUCGCAUUGGGCAAACAAAGCCGGUUAGCGUCUAUCGGCUUGUAUCAAAAGACACUGUCGAAGAAGAAGUCAUAGAGAGGGCUAGGAAUAAGUUACUUCUUGAAUUCAUUACCAUCCAAAGAGGUGUGACCGAUAAGGAGGCCACAGAAUUAAAAGAUAAGAUGGUUCGCGCUGGCCAUCAUAUCAACGAGCCGACUUCCUCUGAGGAUAUAUCCCGGAUAUUGAAGCGUCGUGGGCAACGGAUGUUUGAGCAGUCUGGAAAUCAAAAGAAACUAGAAGAAAUUGACAUCGAUGCUGUCCUUGCAAAUGCGGAGGAGCACAAAACGGAGCAAGCCGAAAGCAUGGAAGCUGAUGGAGGUGAAGAGUUCCUUAAAGCAUUCGAAUUUGUAGAUGUCAAGGUAGAUGACCUUACCUGGGAUGAGAUUAUUCCAAAGGAGGAGUUGGAAAGAAUUAAAAGCGAGGAACGGAAAGAAAUGGAAGCUAAGUACCUCGCAGAAGAAAUUGAACGCAGCCAGCCGAGGAAAAGAAAAGAAAUGGCGGACGAAAGAGAAGAAAGGCAGGCAAAGCGAAAGGCUCGGCAGCAAGUGAAUAUGGAUGUCGAUGAUGACUCCGAUGCGCCCCCAGCGCCAGACCCCAAACGUCCCCUAACUGAGAAGGAAAUUCGUCACCUUACUCGUGCAUACUUGAGAUAUGGCGACUUCAAUGAUCGCGAGAGAGAUAUUCUCAGGGAAGCAAAGCUUCUAGACAGAGAUCCAUCGGUCGUGAACGGAGUUCUUAAGGAAAUAGUUCAGUCUGCGAAUCGGCACCUUCAAGAAGCAAAUGAUGAGAUCCGUGCGCUAGAGCGCGAGGGUAAAACUUUUACCAAAAAAGAGAGGAAGGCUGUGCUUUUCAACUAUGGAGGUGUGAAGCGUUUAAAUGCAGAAACAAUUGUGGAACGCCCCAAUGAGAUGCGGAUUUUGAGACAAAUCACAUCACGUUUGUCUGACCCGAAAAGCUUUCGCGUCCCUGAGGCCACGAAAGCUGCGGAUUACUCCUGCACCUGGGGGGCACGGGAGGAUGGCAUGCUCUGCAUUGGAAUCGCGCGGCAUGGGUAUGGAGCAUGGGCACAGAUCCGCGACGAUCCCGAUCUCGGCCUUACCGACAAAUUCUUUCUGGAGGAACACCGAGCGGAUCGCAAAAACGAAUUAACCCGAAAUGGUGAGGGGAUGAAGUCUCCUGGUGCCGUUCAUUUAGUGCGUCGUGCCGACUACCUAUUGUCUGUUCUUAAAGAUAAGAUGAGCAACGGUGCCAGCCCUACAGCGAAGAAGGCGGUGGAGAAUCACCAUCGUAACAACAGAAAGCCCGGCUAUUCUCGCCAGCAAAAUAGUGGCAGCGUUUCUGCCUCCCCUGCUCCACCAUCGAUCCGUAAACGUCGAGAAUCGGAUGCGCUCAGGCAUCGUGUUCAUACUCGCGGGGCCCGCGGUAGUGAUCGGCCAAACACGCCAACAAGCGAUACGCGAAAGGGCAUAUCCGAGGUCGACAAAAUCCGUAGUCGGCACAAUGCCAAUUUUUAUUCUGGUCGCCGAAACGAUUAUAGUGGCGUCGUAUCCAAUAACGAAAAUAUGCUGAAGAUGGUUUUUAAGCCAAUCAGGGAUCACCUAAGGCAGAUCUCACAGUGCACCAAAGAAGGAAUCCCGGACAAGAAUCGACGGGCCAAAGAGCUUCGACGCUUGCUUCAUUCGGUUGGCGGAUUUAUUCACAAAACUUUGGACUCUGAGGAAACGCGGGAAUCCUUGGAAGCGCGCCUUUGGGACUACGUGGCUCGUUAUUGGCCAAACCAGGCAACACCUGGAAGUGCUCUUCUUGACAUUUACAAACGCAUGGUUGCUGCCGAAAAUGCCCCACAACCUAAAUCUACUACAUAAGUAUCCAUGUGUCCUUACGGGACUAAUCUCAUACCGAUUAUCCUCUUUUACAUUGGUGCGUGUUCGGCUUAGUGCAUAGUCUGGUGCAGAUGGGCGUUCGAACAGGACAUUGCAUUUUCAGGCCGCGAGGGCUACAUUAUGACGACUACGACUAUGAUUAUUUGGUGAAGGGGUUUCACUUUUCUGGGAUUUGCAGGAUCGUGUGUUUUAAUUGGAAUGUUUUUUGAAGCCACACCUCUUCUCUCUUUUGUGCGAGUUGGCGAGUUGAUCCCGCUCACUGAGCCUGGUGACCAUCCCCUCGCAAAAAGUCACUUCUUUCCUGUUAGCGAUCCCACUCCUCGGAGUUAGGUGAUCCAAUUUUUGUUUUCCUUGGCAUUGACCCUGGCAUUGAUCCCGCUCUCCUGAGUAUGGUGAUCAUUUGUCUCUUUUUUAUUUUUCCAUUUUGGCUUCGACCUCGCCCAUUUGGGUUGAGAUUCUGGCAUGUAUUGUUUGUUUGUUCCCUCUCAAAUCUUUCUUUGUGCAACAAAUACCAUCAGAUACCGGAGUUUCUGCUUGUGAUGAGUUUACCUUCGAUCCUACAACAAUUCAUUAUCUGGCCUUGAUAUUUGCUGCCAUGCUGUACUCUAGAUCAGUUAAUACACUUUGCUUAACAUGGCACAGCCACGACAUAUUGUCGCAUUGGUUGUGAGUUUGGAAGGGCCGAAUUCAUUGGUUGAAUGCGGCGGCACUGUUAGAUGGCCCAAUUAAAGUUCUCAUUAAACUAAUAAGGAUUUUAGUACAUAAGAGUAUUUCUGAACUCCUAAUGUGAUUUCCCGGCCUUGUCAAGGUACAACUUCUGCGACGGUAUCAUUUCUAUAGACAACCUUGAUGAUUAGCUGUAAGGGGCAUACAAAGCUCGGAGUGAUCACUGCGGAAUGCGUAUGUCGGACUUCACGGUAGAGGAAGGGUUUGUACCGUAUAGAGCCAACAAUAUCAACAAGUUAAUCUAUAGUAAUGUCUGUUCAGCAACCUUGAUCAAAUAGUUUCACAAAUCCUCUACUGUUUCAACUGUUUCAAUAACUUGGGCACUGUUAUGGUGCUGCCGGCGGGAAAUCACUGACACCUCGUGCGAGGGCUAAGUCCUCAGCAGUCAAGGCCGAUUUAAAAAGCUUCACUUCAGCAUGAAUGACAUCCUCCAAGAUGGUCUCCUUUUCUCUCCAGGUUUCUUUCCUCUGAAUUUUGAUCCUUUGCCACUCCAGUUGUAGACGUUUGGAUUCCUGUUCAGCCCAGAAAAUCUGCCGACGGAGUACUCGGUACAAUUGGCUUAAAGGCAAAGAAAGCUCGUGCGCAUCGAAGCCGAGCCCAGAGUCCAAAAGUGCAGAAGGGACUGGUUCUUUCUGGGAAACGUCUUCUCCGCCGUUCUUGUCCGUUCCAUAACAGCCGUCUCUGGAUGAUUGCGAUAAUUUUAGCUUGAUUCGAGGCAGCUUUAUCAAAGUGGGUCCCGCUGGUCCAACUUGGGUGUGUUUUGCGAGUGUGUCAGACAACUUCAAUGCUUCGGUCUCAUGAACGGUUCUCAUAUGCUUCGAAAGAGCAUCUGAUCGUGUGAAGCUUCGAUCA